AUGCGGGACAUAACCAGCUCCGCGGAGUGUUUUGGACUUGCCAGGGCCGUCGUUGGCUUUGGUAAUGCAAGCAUUGCUGAUUACACAGGAUUGUUCGUAGCUUUUACCUGCGUGCAUCAUGUCCCGAGCUCUUGGGUAUAUUUUGGGGGAUCCAACUCAGACACGGCCGUGGCUCAUACGGACUACGAGUACAUUUGCAUCGGUGUCCUGACGACGACCGCAAGCAGUUUAAGUGAAAGCAGCAGCACGACCAGGACCAGGAGCAGCACUGCGACCAGCUUGUCAGCGAGCAGCACGAGUGACAGCAGCACUAGCAACACCAGCACGAGCUUUACCAGCAGCACGGCCACCACCACUGUUUCCAGCGCGUCGGGUACCAGCACUACCACGCGCAGCACUACAAGCGCAACCAGCAGCACAUCCGCGACCAGCACGACCGCAACAACCAGCAGCACUCGCAGCAUCACUAGCACAGCCAGCAGCACCACCAUGACCAGCAUGACGGGAACCAGCAGCACCACGCACAGCACCACUAUCGCAACCAGCAGCACCACCACGACCGGAACCAGCAGCACCACACGCAGCACCACUAGCGCAACUAGUAGCACCUCAGUGACCAGCACGACGGGAACCAGCAGCACCACGCGCACAGCACCAGCGCAACCAGCAGCACCACCGUGA